UGAUGUUGUCGCGAUAACUUCCUGCUCUGUAUUUUCCUCAUCACAGCAAGUUAGAAAAAAAAGCAUAACCCGAAUCUGUCAAGCAGUGUGUCCCGCACGCGGGGGCGCGUGCGUGUGAGGGCUACCAUGAAGGUAAAGGUGAUCUCCAUCCUGGAGGACAACUACAUGUACCUGGUCAUAGAGGAGCAGAGCAAACAGGCCAUAGCUGUGGACCCUGCAGUGCCACACCGGCUGCUAGAAAUUGUGAAGAGAGAGGGGUUGUCAUUGACAGCUGUUCUCACCACACACCAUCACUGGGACCAUGCUCGUGGGAACGAGGCUCUGUUGAAGGAGGUCCCUGGACUGAGAGUCUUUGGGGGGGAUGAUCGGAUCGGGGGUCUGACAGAUAAGGUCACCAAUGCUCAGGAACUCAAGUUUAAUUCCAUCAAUGUGAGGUGUCUCUUCACUCCCUGCCACACCUCUGGUCACAUGUGCUACUUUGUUUGGGAGGAUGACUGCACUGAUGCCCCUGCUGUGUUUACAGGGGAUACGCUCUUUAUUGGUGGUUGUGGACGGUUUCUGGAGGGAACAGCAGAACAGAUGUACCACAAUCUGACCCAGGUUCUGGGCUCUUUACCUCAGGACACGAAAGUGUUCUGCGGACACGAGUACACCAUUAAGAACCUGAAGUUUGCAAUGCUGGUUGAACCUGAGAACGAGAAAGUUAAGGAGAUGCUCAGCUGGGCCAGGGAGAGAGACGACAACGACAAGCCCACAGUGCCGUCCACCCUUGUGGAGGAGUUUGACUACAACCCUUUCCUACGUCUUUCAGAAGAAGGAGUUCAGAAGUUCACCGGGAAGACUGAUCCCAUUGAGGUGCUGAAGGUUCUGCGAAAGAAGAAGGAUAAUUUCAAGAAGCCCAAGGAGAGACUUCCUCCUCAUGCUAUGUUGGCUUUAGAGUGGGGGCUUCUGCGACCCUGACAUUCCACUACAAAACUUA